AUGAGGGUCAACAUCAAGAAGUGGAAUGCUGUCGCCACCUGGCACUGGGACAUCCCCGAAGACGAGGUGUGCGGCAUCUGUCGCGUCCAGUUCGACGGCACCUGUCCGACCUGCAAAUUCCCUGGCGAUGACUGCCCUCUGCUCAACGGAAAAUGCGGCCACUCGUUCCAUAUGGUGAGACCCGAAACCCCUUCCCCCCACGCGUUUAUGAGAUCUACUGACGAACUCGGCGGCCAGCAUUGUCUUAUGACCUGGAUCCAGCAAGAGUCAUCUAAAGGACUGUGUCCGAUGUGCCGACAAAGUAUGUCACUCUAUCAACCCGAGAUCGUGACCGGGAAAUUCAACUAA